AUGGACGUCCUCAAGACAAUGGGGAACCUCCUCCCCUACCACCUCCUCUCUUAUGGCGCCCUGCUCGGCACAGAGGUGUACCAAAGCUUCGUCAACACCAAAAUCUGCUACCAAGCCCUUCCCAUGCGCGAAUUCAUUACCUUAAAUAAACGCAUCUUCCCCGUCUACUUUGGCUGCCAAGUCGGCCUCGCCGCACUAACCGCCGCCACCCGGCCACCAUACAGCAUUGUGUCGCUGGCUCAGGAUGUUUGGAGUGCCGUGCCUUUGGGCGUAGUGCUGGUGAUGGGAUCUUUGAACUGGUUCAUUUAUGGGCCGAGGACUACAAGCGCGUCGCUGGUGAGACGGGCGCUUCAUGAAAAUAAGGAGAGUUCGGCCGAUCGGGACGAAGGCAAGAUUCACCGGGCGAAUCGGGGGUUUGCAGUUAACCAUGCAAUGUCGAUUCAUAUUAAUGCUAUUGCGCUUGUAGCUACGGUUUGGUAUGGGUUUUCGCUGUCUGCUAGCAUUUUGGAUGGAUUCUAG